AUGCGAACGUUCGGAAUAAGCGGCGAACAGAUCCUACGGGAUGGACCUACGAGAGGUCAGAGGUCAGCCUGUCAACACCUACGCAAAGCAGCACAACUAGUAUUCAACGUUCUCAACCUCAGCCUCAUUCCACCGCGAAGAGGUUGCAAUCAAAUCGAGUACGCGAAGUUGAUUCUGCCCCACGUCGGCCUGAUCAUGCUGUCGUGCCUGUACGCGAUCGGCGGAGCCGUCGUUUUCUAUUACAUCGAAAAACCGAACGAGAAGUCGAUCCGCCAACUUGGCCUCGCCGCGAUCAACUACCAACGGGACGUGUUCCUCGAACGACUGUGGAACAUGAGUCUCAACGGCUUGAACCACACGACGGAUUACGACUUCGAGUUGCAAAACGUCACCAAAACGUUAUUCGACGCCUUCGACACUCAUUAUAUUAGCGCACAGCACCUCAUGACCAACGUCACCAUCGGCGAAGUAUGGUCUUUCACUUCAUCGCUGUUUUUUACAACCACUCUUCUCACCACAAUAGGUAAAAAUGUUUUUUAUAUUUGGGUCCAUUAAUA